UCCGAAUCCGGUAUUGUCAUUCACGUCGGCUUGAUAAUAUUGUUUUGUUUUUUCUGUAUUUGUUUUUACAUCUUGAUCUUGGUACUUUUUCGUUUAUCUUCGUUUCUUUAUUAAAUAGUUCUUACACUUGACACUUUGUUUUUAAUUAUUAUUAAUGAUAUAUAUAAAUACAAUAUUUUAAACUUUAUGUUGUAAAAGUAUGCAUAAUUUAGAAUCAGAUAGUGAAGACGACCUUCCUCCUGGUUGGGAAGAAAAGUCUACCGAAGAUGGAAAUGUUUACUUUAUCAGUACUUGCUCAAAAAAAAUACAGUGGACCCAUCCUCGGACUGGAAAAAAGAAAGUUAUACCUAAGGAACUACCGUUUGGAUGGUCCAAAACUAUAGAUGAAACUGGUAAAACAUUGUAUACACAAAACAAUACUGGUAACACAACUUACAUAGACCCACGACUAGCUUUUGCAAAGGAAGAGAAGAAACAUGUAUAUGACUUUAGACAGAAAUAUGAUGGAUCAUCUACAGCUUAUCAGAUAUUACAUGGAGUUGAUUUAUCAGGAAAAUGUGCAUUAAUAACAGGUUCAAAUUCUGGUAUUGGUUAUGAAACUGCAAAGUCCCUAGCCAGACAUGGUUGCAGUAUUAUAUUUGCCAACCGGAACAUGGAAGCUACACAAACUGCAAUACAAGAGAUUGUAACAGAGACUAAUGCUUCAGAAGACAAUUUAAAAGCUGUCCAUUUGGAUUUAGCAUCAUUACAGAGUGUGAAGAAAUGUCCGCUGGCUGUAAAAACCAUUUUUGAUCAUCUUGAUAUUCUAAUAUUGAAUGCUGGAGUAUUUGGACUGCCAUAUACAGAGACAGGCGAUAACUUAGAGAUGAUAUUCCAAGUAAAUCAUCUUAGUCAUAUGUAUUUAGCUCUGCUUUUGGAACCACUAUUGAAGCAUAGCAGUAGAGUUAUUUUCGUUUCUUCUGAAUCACACAGAUUUGCAAGUUUAAAAAAUACAUUUACAAAACAAACCAUUUCAGUGACCAGAGACCAGUACAGUUCAAUGAUGGCUUAUAAUAAUUCUAAAUUAUUCAAUAUUUUAACUGCAAAGAUCCUGAGUGAAGAAUGGCGAAGUAAAAAUGUACGUGUAAAUUCGCUUCAUCCAGGGAACAUGGUAUACACCAACCUCGGCAAGUCUUGGUGGCUGUUUAGAAUGGUUUCUUUUCUUAUUCGACCUUUUACUAAGUCCUUGCAACAAGCAUCUGCCACGUCGGUGUACGUAGCGACAUCGGCAGAUCUAGUCGGAGUAACCGGACUUUACUUCAACAAUUGCUUCUAUUGCGAGGAGUCAACCUUAGCUCGAGACAAGGACAUAGCCAAUGAAGUCUUCGCCAUGUCACUCAAGAUGAUCGAAGAACGAGUGGGUUCAGAUGGUAUUGAGAAAUAUAUGAAUAAAUAUUGCCAUGAAAAAACUCAAGAGAUAAGGUAGUGAGUUACUAUUUUUUAGCCUUAAUAGAGUUUCGUAUUACCUACUAUGAAUUGUUUACAAUAAUUAUAGAACUCAUAUGUUCGGUCCUAAAAAAUGUAUGACUCCCAAUAAGUCAAUAGUACCUACGAUAAUAAAACAAAUGAAAUCUUAAGUUUUAUGUACUAACUGCUAUGAUUGGGUAAAUUAAGGAGCAGCAGAUAGAUA